CAGUGAAUUAAGGAAAUACCCAACACUAAAAAUAGAAAACAACACUUAUGAUGCUGACGCAAACGGUAUUUGUAAUCAGUUAUUUAUCUGGACAUGGCCACCGUUGCACGUAUGGAGCGAUGGUUCAUCUCUCUCAUUCUACUUCUACCAGAAGUUCUCUUGAAGGGAAUAACUUCACCACCUGAGGGUUUUAAAUUUAACUGUGGACAUGAUACCUGUGUAUUUCCUCUCCAGUUCUGUAACGUAAUAAAACAGUAUUGUGAAGUAUGCACCAUCCAUGCAUGUAACGAACUCAACGUCUCAUCGCAAUGUGAUCAAAGAUGCGAAGAGUUGAAACAAAAAGUAGAAAUAUUGCCGGCUGAAGGUCAAUCACUGGGAGCACUGACAGAUAAAGUGACAAGGCUGUCCUACAUGGUAUACAUCCUUUUGGCCCUGCUGAUCCUUUGGGUCUUGUAUCGCAUUGGCAAAUAUGUGAUGGCCUAUAGGGAACGUACACGUGACAAACUACCUGACGAAGGCAGUCAAGGUUAUGAACCCGUUUCCCACGACGACCAACCUAUAAAUGGCAAUCCUAACCGCGUGGAGCCAACAGCUCCUCCAGAACGUCCUGUUUCACCGAGGACUCACAAUACCGGUUCGUCUGUCAGUGUGUACCAACCCUCCCCAUCUGGUCAGGCCGGUAACUACUCUACGCGAGCAGACUGUAAGUUUAUGCCUAAAACUACCUCAGAAUCUCCAGCGGAAGUCCAGCCCAGUGCAGGUCACAACCACCUAUAUCAUGUGGAGGUUCACAACAGUAGGCACUUUUCUUCUAGCUUUGGGGAAUUCCCUCCUUUACAGAGUAACGAAGACACAAGCUCGAUCUUAGGUGAUGACAAUGAUGCCACCGCCCUCAAGAAUGACUUGCGCACUUCUGAUGACAUUGAGGAUGUAUCCGACAAUAUGGACCACCAAUCGCCUCAACGAAGCGGGCCAUCCUGCAAUGCGUUUGACGGUAUGGCUGAAGCCUAUACAGAUAAAAGAGUUGGACAUACCGUACACAGGGUGUCGUCUGCCAAAAGCAUCACCUCAUCGGCUAGUCAUGGCUCUGACAGUGGCAACUAUAGUUCUGCUACCUCAAUCGAAACAGAGAGUGUCGCCAUGAAAAAAAGACAAACGUUUCACAAAAAUAAUAUUUUAGCCGCAGAUGUUUGAAACCAUGAUUUGUUUUAGUUUAUACUAGCUAGGUAGUAUUAGUGAAAUUCCAUCUGCUACAAAAUGACUCGUUAUAAGACACCUAUUCAUGAUAGAAGCCUGAUAUAUUAAAUCGCUUUAAUCUCAAAGGCAAAGUGACCUGGUCCGAAAAACAACAAAUAAAGCUCAGUUUAAACUUUUAUUUCUAGUACUUGUAAUAGUUUUACAUGGCAUUUAUUUACAAAAAUGUUAUUACACUCUAGCUUGUUUAUCUUAGCAAUCAAAGAUGCUAUCAUGGUAAUUAAAAACUACAACAAUGUCAUGGAGUCUACAUCAGCCUAUAUCAGUCUGCAUUACAUACUGUGCAGUCAUCAUUAACAAAAUUCGUUGACAUGUAAUGAUCAAACUCCAACUUUGAAUUACAAGGGGAACAACUGUUGUUUCGAUCAAAAUGUAUUAGUCAGUAUUUCAUGUUGCUGUUUCAGCGCUGGUCUACUUUAUUCCAUAUCAAGCUUGCUAUUGCUGUUUCUGCCAUUGUUAUGUGCUAUUUCCUAUUUGACACCGACAUUAUAACGGCUCUCUGAUAUAUCUAAGGUUUAUCAAAUAAUUUAAUCUUGUUUGUAAUCAGAUUGUCAUUGGCUUAAAAAUCAAUGUUAUCAACCCAUAACAUAAUAAUGAAUAUAUAAUAAAAGAAAAAAAAUAAAGUCGCAAACAUUACAAACAUGUAAAACCGCUUUUGAUUGGCUCAUACAGCGGCGUAAUAAUUUCCAAGAGAAAAUAGUACACAAUAAAAGUAGAUUUUCACAGGGAUUGUUAAGAGUAUAAGAGAUUAGGAGUAUUGACUAAUAUGUAUAUAUUCUUAUUUUAUGUUAUGGCGACAUAAUAGAAACAACAGACCAGUUUAUUGAGAGCACAUUCCGUUUUUUGUGUUUCUUGUUUGUUUUGCUCAAUGACAUAUACAUAUGUUCAAGUUAAUCUUAAAUAGUUUUAUGUUUUUACUUAUAAUUCUAUGACAAGUAUAAUACAGUUGAAAUGAUAUUUCUCUGAUACCAUAUUUAUUUUAUAACAGAGGUAAUUUUAUAUCUCUGAUAACUUUUCUUUAUAACAGGGAUGAUCAUAUUUAUAUGAUGAUUUAUCUUUAUAAUUGGAAUUGUAACAUUUCUCUGAAAUUUUAUCUUUAUAACAGGGAUAGAAUCAUUUCUCUGAAAAUUUAUCUUUAAAACAGGAAUAAUACUAACAUUUACCUGAUAACUUAUCUUUAUAACAGGGAUAGACUCAUUUAUCUGAUAACUUACCAUUAAAACAGGGGUAGAAACAUUUCUCUGAUAAUUUAUCUUUAUAACAGGUAAUUAUAUUUCUCCAAUUACUUUUACUGUAUUAAACUUGUUAUAGAAUUAUAGGUUAUUCUGUUAUAUAGUUAUUCUAUGAUUUAUUCAUCACGGUUGUGCAUAUUCCUGUCUAAUUGAUAUCUUGCCUUUGCCUCCCAAAACACUACUGAAACGGGUUAACAUAAUUUUGAAAACCAGAAUGUUAAUACAGUCUUAUUAAAGCAUACAGCUCCUUCCCCCUUCAUUGUCUGCACUUCGUUAAUAUCAUACAAAAGUUAUCUUAAUUUGAUUGAUCUUAAUAAAGGCCAUGAAUCUCACUAAUUGUUUAUCUGGGCAAUUUAGUGAUAUAUUGUAAUUGUACACCUAAUCAGUUUUAUGUGAUAUUGUCUAUGGCUGCAUGUUAAUGCUGUAGCUUUAAUUAAAUACUAGUAAGGGUACACUGGAUUUAUACUUAUUUUUAUCUAAAAAUAUUUUAGAUGUAUGAAAUUUUUAUAAUGAGAUUGGGUACAUAUCCUUCUAUAGCCAUAAAAAUGUCCUUCAAUGGCAUCUCGUCCUUUUGCUGUGGCGAUCACGAAAAGCCGCCAAGCGACAAGGUGAAAUAGUGAAAAGUCGAAAUCCGGCAAAAAGUCAAACCCGCUGUAGAAAAAAACACCAUUUAAGUUUUUAUAGUUUGUUGUCGUAAAUCAUUUUUUUUAAUUAAUUAUUUAUUUAUUUAUUUAUUUAUUUAUGAGUGCAAUGUUCGUUAUUUAAUUAUUUCGUUUUGGUUACUUUUUGCUUAGAUGCAUUGGCGGGGUUUCGUUUUUUCAGUAUUUCGCUUUGUCGGUUGUCAUCUUUUCGUGCAAGAUCCAAGCGAAAAGACGAAUUGUCACAUAUCAGCAACCAAGUAUGUCUAUUUUGUGUGAUGUCCAGAUUUUAUCGAUAUAGGUAUACUGUUUUACAUAUACAGAUCAAAUCAUACCAACGAUUUUGUGAUACCAAUAGCUAGUAUGUCAAAGAUAAAGUGCCAAUCUAAUCAAAAUCUAGAGCCUCACUCUUAAUCCGUUACAUGGACAUCUAACAACAUCCCAUAAGGGGUCACGUCGGGGUGACCUUUUGGAUACGCCAAUCAAAUGACUACUUCCAGAAUCUUGGAAGUGAUUUUUUUUUGUGCGAUCUAGCAUGACUAGAGUGCAUAGCUUACAAAAUCUGUCAAUUUGAUUCAUGUCAUAUACAUGCUGUGCCGAGUUAGUUUGCUUAAGGUGCAUUCUGUGAUGAAAUGGUUUGCUUCGAUGAUAUCGACAAAUUGACAAUCGCCCUAUGAAAUACACAUAUCGCAAAGGUCAUCAGAACGAGACCAAAUAUGGAAUGGUGUUAGAUGUUCAUGUAACGCAGUGAGAAUGAGGAUCUAGAUUUUAAUAACAUUGAUAUACUUCACAUGUGGACGGUUACAUAAAAUGCGUCAGUAUUCAUUUUUUAUGUCGUGAAGUGAAAUGGGAAAUGUUCCUCUGUACUUAUGUAAAGGAGAGGGAGUGUAGAAUUAAGUACAGUAGGGCGUGAGGGUGUAUUGGUAUGGUAUGUUUGUGUAUGAGCGCGUGCGCGUGCGCGCUCACCCGUGUUUGUGUGUAGAGGAUGGUCGAAGUUAUAGAUGCGGAAUAGUCUUUGUUAAAUGAAAUGCAUAUGACAUUUUUGUUUUGUCCACUUUUCUAAGUAUAUAUUAUCUUGUGGUAUGUCUACAAAUGAUUUCAUACAACAUAGCGCAUUUUUAAUUGAAACGGAAUAGAUUAUAUAUAAGAAGAAAAUUCAAAUCUAAUUUUGUAAAUAAACGGAGACACAUUUUUCUUUUUCUUCAAUUAUUUCUAUUUUAAACAAUAACUUUUGUUUAACUUAUGAGAAAGGAUUAAGCACAAGUUAUAACAUUUGUCUACGCCUUAUCCCCGUCUUUAUUUACAUACAGAAGACCAGUAAUUCAAUGAAAAUCAGCAGAUUUCUUUUAUCCCGAUAAAUUUUACGUUAAAAACCUAAAAAGAUAGAGAUAAAUCAAGCGGUUAGUUCGUGUUUAAGAUUUUUUUUUUGUAUUGUUAUUUAGUUAAAAGUCGUUCAGACUAAAAAAUGAACAUGAACUACAGGGAGAGUAUUCACAUUGUUAAACCUAGUGUAGUGCCAAAUCUGUUUGCUUCAUUUAUGAAAUAAAAUUGGUUUCAAAUCAAA